GGAGCCGCCCGUCCCCGCCGCGCCGAGGGAAGGGGCCGCGCCGUCCCGGCUGGCGGCGGCGGCGGCCCCCGGCGGAAGAGGAAGUGGAGUCUGCCCGGGAGCCGGCGGCCGAGGCUCCGUGACGGGCGCGGGGCGGCCCGUAGGCGAGCGGGUGGCGGCGGCCGAGGAAGAUGAGGGCCGCUGUGCUGCUGUGGGCCGCGCUGUGCGGAUCGCUGCUGCCGCCGAUAAAUGCAGAUGAGGGAAUCCUGCACGCUUCUGGAAAUGGUGUAACUCCCUUAACAAAGGAUUACUGCAUAGCCUACAAUUCUAACUGGAUAACUCUCCCAAGCAGCCUGGACAAUGCUACUUUCAGGUCUCUGGAAAACCUGACUUCUACGGUACUCUGCGAUUCUUCUGAAGUUCCUGCUGUUGUAAUAAAGGACAAAGCAGUUGUUGUGAUGAGAGGAAACUGCACUUUUUUGGAGAAAGCAAAAAUUGCUCAAAGUUUGGGUGCUAAAAUGCUGUUGAUUGCCAGUAAAGCUAGGCUGUCUCCUCCUUCAGAUAACAAGACUGAUUUUGAAAAUUUAUCUCUACCAGUUGCUCUUAUAAGAUAUAAGGACAUAAUGGAUAUGCAGCUGACUCUUGGAGAUGAAAUUGAUGUGGCUCUCUAUUCACCACCUUUGCCGGAGUUUGAUUGCAGUAUGGUUGUCAUCUUUGUAAUUGCUGUGUUCACUGUGGCACUCGGGGCCUACUGGAGUGGAGUUGCAGAACUUGAGAAUUUGAAAGCAACGGCAAGUCCUGGGGACAGAGAAACAAGAAGGAAGAAGGAGGAAAAUGUUACUUUCACCACUCUGACAGUUAUCUUGUUUGUUGUCAUCUGUUGCGUCAUGCUGAUUUUACUUUAUUUCUUCUACAAAUGGCUAGUGUAUGUUAUAAUACUGGUCUUCUGCUUGGCAUCUGCAAUGAGCCUGUACAAUUGUCUUGCUGCAUUAAUAGGAGAAAUCCCAUUUGGGCAGUGCAGGAUUGUGUGUGGCAACAGAAAUAUUGAAGUGAGGCUUAUUUUUCUUGCUGCAUUCUGCAUAGCAGCAGCUGCUGUUUGGGCUGUGUUCCGAAAUGAAGAUAGGUGGGCUUGGAUGUUGCAAGACAUUUUGGGAAUUGCUUUCUGCCUGAACUUCAUUAAAACACUGAAAAUGCCCAACUUUAAGUCCUGUGUGAUACUUCUAGGCCUUCUUCUUCUCUAUGAUGUGUUUUUUGUCUUCAUAACACCAUUUAUCACAAAGAAUGGGGCAAGUAUAAUGGUCGAAGUUGCAGCUGGUCCCUUUGGAAACAGUGAAAAGAAUGAUGGAAACUUGGUGGAAGUCCCUACUGAACGCUCAGCUCCCCAUGAGAAAUUACCUGUGGUUAUUAGAGUGCCUAGACUUGAAUACUCAGCAGCGACACUGUGUGACAUGCCCUUUUCAUUGCUGGGUUUUGGAGACAUUAUUGUCCCAGGCCUUCUGGUUGCCUACUGUCGAAGAUUUGAUGUUCAAACAAGUUCUUCUUCUGUAUACUAUGUUUCCUGCACAAUAGCUUAUGCCAUUGGUAUGGUGCUGACUUUUGUUGUUCUGGCAUUAAUGAAGAUGGGACAACCUGCCCUUCUCUACCUUGUACCGUGUACACUCAUUACUAGCUCUCUUGUUGCUUGGAGGCGCAAAGAGAUGAAAAAGUUCUGGAAAGGAAGCAGUUAUCAGGUAUCGGACUCUCCCAGGACGCCUUUGCUACAAGAUGAUGGAACAUCUGGAUUACCCAGGAAAUGAAGAAGGCACGGCACCGGCCAGUGAGCAGCCUGGAGGACAAUAACAUGUAGGAUUCUGGCUUAAAAUAGUAUUGAAAUUUUUUACAGAUGAGUUGCAGUAAAUUUGGUGAAAUUUUCUAGAGUAUUUCAUGCUCUGUGUAGAAGGGUUUUUACUCAUGCACCUAUAUUUUUAUGACAAAUAUUGUUAAUAACAUAAGAGUAAUCAAAAUAGAUCUGCAUUUUUACAGCCAAAACAUAUCUAAUAAAACUGUGCCUUAUUUUGGUUUAAAUGAAUGGAUAUUUUCUAUGCAAUUUUCCAAAUGUUCUCCUAUACAGUGUAUUUUUAUAAAAUUUUCUUGCCCUUAUCACUUUGCAUGAGAUGUCUUGUUAAUUUUGAAUAAGGCUGGUCAAAUUUAAUUUAAAAAAUAAACAGUAAUAGCAGAAUUCUUCACAGGAUUUCUUUCCAGAUUUUGAAUGUGAAGACAGAUAUUAAUGUAACUACAGAAUGAAACUAUAGUUCUGCAAGUAAUUGAAGAAACAGUGUGUAAUGUUAAUCUAUGUAGAUCGUAAGCCAUAAAAUAGAUAACAGGGCAAAUUUUAAUUUGUAGUUGUGAGCUUUUUUUUUUUUGUUUCAUUUUUCUUGGUGGGAUUUUUUGUUUGUUUUUUUCUCUGUAGUUUCACAGGCUUAUGCCUUGAUCAUGAAAAUUGUUAAGCUUUGAUGCACAUCUUUGGAUUAUAUGCAUUGUCAACCAUCAAAAACACUAAAGGUGUGUGUGGGAGGUACUUACAGGGUGGCACUGGAAACUUAGAUGCAGCUCCUGGAGUAGCUGGCAAACAAGACAGUGUUAAAGGCCAGAAGUUUUUGUUCAACAAGUGUGAUGUAAAUCUUUAAAAGGGGAAAAAACCUGGAAUUUUAUGUCUGGACUGGUUCUUCUCUUACCUGUCAGAACUUGAUCUAUAUAUGUGGUCUUCAUUUGGCUUUGCAUCAGUUCAAAGAGAUGGGGGAUGAGAGGGCACAUGUUUCUAGCUUUUGUAUCUGUUUGUAUCUGUACUGCAGCUUUUUUUUUUUCUUU